AUGAGUGCUACUGGUCGCGGUGAGAUAUUCUUUUCGGGGAAGCAAGAAGAUUGCAAACCCAAAAUCUUCCUCAGGCACGUGAGAAAAGUCGUCAAGCGUGAGAAUCCAAAUCUGGAGCUCCCAGAAGAGGGGGAACUGGAGAACAUGUUUCUGGUGCAAGCAGUUCACAAGUGCCUGCGAGGAAAGGCGCAGCGGUGGUUUGAGGAAGAACGGCUGGGGGAGAAAUCCUUUGCGGAGAUCUCACUCCAGUUUGAGGAAAAGUUCAGCAAACCAGACACGGCAGUGGACAGCGCGCUCAUUGCAGAGGCUCACCAGACCGCGAGGGCCCCCACUGAGUCACUAUGA